AUGGGAUCGACGGCGUUGAGAAAUGAAUCGUCAGGCAAGACGUUGACCUCAACCAGACUCGAACCAGAAGAAGUUGCAGUUGUCGCCGCCAUCUUCCAACUGUGCGGUUGUUCCCAGAUUCGACUCAUGAUCUUCUACGAACGUGGACAAGCUGCGACAGCGUCGCCACUUGAAGUUGUCGCAUUACACAUGACCAUCAAACACGGCGCCAAGCCAAGUCAACGCAGGUUUGCUCCAUGUUCAAUGCUGCAAGCCCCCUUGAAUACUCCGGCGGCUCCACUGCUUGCGGUGCUAAGCAACAACUUGUGGUGCUCACUUCAUGCGCGUUAA